CCCCCACCCCUCAAGCUAGGCUGAGCUGUGCCUACGUCGGCCUCGACUCCCGGGGGCUGGAGGAGUUACCUUUGGAGCCCGAAAGGAGGAAGGAAGCAAAAUAUCAACAACAGCCGAGGCGGCUCGGGCGGUCGGCCCCGGUCCCCCGUCUGCCUGCCCGCCCGCGCGCCCACGACGGGGGCCCAGGCCCCCCGGCGCCGCCCAGGGCCCGCGCGGACGCCGGCCUCACUAAUUAUUCCCCCCGCCCGGAGCUGCGGCUUCCAGGUGCUGAAGAGCCCCGGGACUAGGGGCGAGAGCUACCCCCUCCCGGCCGUGACACCCUCCCUUCCCCCAGCGGGGCCGGAGGCUGUGCAGAAGGUGUCCUGCAGACCAUGAACUGAGCGCUGGUCCAAGACCGUUCAUGAGCACAGUGUAAGGUGUGCCGAGACCCGCCACCCAGCAAUCCCCUCCCUUUCCUGGCACUGAAGAUCCCCAGAAAAGAUGGGGAGGAAAAAGAUUCAGAUCCAGCGAAUCACUGAUGAGCGGAACCGACAGGUGACGUUCACCAAGCGGAAGUUCGGGCUGAUGAAGAAGGCGUACGAGCUGAGCGUGCUCUGUGACUGCGAGAUCGCGCUCAUCAUCUUCAACCACUCCAACAAGCUGUUCCAGUACGCCAGCACGGACAUGGACAAGGUGCUGCUCAAGUACACGGAGUACAACGAGCCGCACGAGAGCCGCACCAACGCCGACAUCAUCGAGGCGCUGCACAAGAAGCACAGGGAAUGUGAGAGCCCUGAGGUGGACGAGGUGUUUGCCCUGACCCCCCAGACGGAGGAGAAAUAUAAAAAGAUAGACGAGGAAUUUGAUAAAAUGAUGCAGAGUUAUAGACUGGCCUCAGCUGUCCCGGCCCCCAACUUUGCCAUGCCCGUCACGGUGCCCGUGUCCAAUCAGAGCUCCCUGCAGUUCAGCAACCCCAGCGGCUCCCUGGUCACCCCUUCCCUGGUGACGUCAUCCCUCACGGACCCACGGCUCCUGUCCCCCCAGCAGCCAGCACUACAGAGGAACAGUGUGUCUCCCGGCCUGCCGCAGCGGCCAGCCAGUGCAGGGGCCAUGCUGGGGGGAGACCUCAGCAGUGCUAACGGAGCCUGCCCCAGCCCUGUCGGGAAUGGCUAUGUCAGUGCUCGGGCUUCCCCUGGCCUCCUCCCCGUGGCCAACGGCAACAGCCUAAACAAGGUCAUCCCCGCCAAGUCUCCACCCCCACCCACCCACAGCGCCCAGCUUGGAGCCCCCAGCCGCAAGCCUGACCUGAGGGUCAUCACUUCCCAGGGAGGAAAGGGGUUAAUGCAUCACUUGACUGAGGACCAUUUAGAUCUGAACAAUGCCCAGCGCCUCGGGGUCUCCCAGUCUACGCACUCGCUCACCACCCCAGUGGUUUCCGUGGCAACACCGAGUUUACUCAGCCAGGGCCUCCCCUUCUCUUCCAUGCCCACCGCCUACAAUACAGAUUACCAGCUGACCAGCGCAGAGCUCUCCUCCUUACCAGCCUUCAGCUCACCUGGGGGGCUGUCGCUCAGCAGCGUCACUGCCUGGCAGCAGCCGCCCCAGCCGCCCCAGCCGCAGCCUCCGCAGCCGCCGCAGCCGCAGCCGCCCCAGCCGCCCCAGCAGCCACAACAGCCACCUCAGCAGCAGCCCCACCUGGUCCCCGUGUCUCUCAGCAACCUAAUCCCUGGCAGCCCCUUGCCCCACGUGGGUGCCGCCCUCACAGUCACCACCCACCCCCACAUCAGCAUCAAGUCGGAACCAGUGUCCCCCAGCCGUGAGCGCAGCCCUGCGCCUCCGCCUCCAGCUGUGUUUCCGGCUACCCGCCCUGAGCCUGGCGACGGUCUCAGCAGCCCGGCUGGGGGCUCCUACGAGACGGGGGACCGGGAUGAUGGACGGGGGGACUUCGGGCCCACACUGGGCCUGCUGCGCCCAGCCCCAGAGCCUGAGGCUGAGGGCUCAGCUGUGAAGAGGAUGCGACUCGACACCUGGACAUUAAAGUGACGAUCCCCACUCCCCUCCUCUCCGCCUCCCUGAUGAAGAGUUGACAAUCUCACCGCCCACCCCUCCCUAUCCUGGGCUCCUCCUGCUCGACCCCCCACUUCCUUUCUUGUGCUCCGUGUCCUGUUGACGGUUACAUUUGUGUAUAAUUAUUAUAUUAUUAUUAUUAUUAUUAUAUUUUUUUUAAUUUGGAUUCUCGCUUUGGAGAGGGGGAUGCGCCCAUCCCCUCUUUCUGCACCCCCCGCCAUUUUCACUGGCUGGGAGGGGCUCUUUUUUGCGGGAAGGGGGGGACACUUUGCACGUUGUACACAUAUGCUGCAGGAGGGGUGGGGGGCCCGAUAGGCCUUGGGAAAGGACAGGCGCCGAGCCCUGCAUGCGGAGCCCUCCCACCCCCUCCCCCAGAUAGAGGGAAAUAACCAAAAAAACUACCAAACAACAGAAACCCC